CAUACUCAUAUCUAUGCAACAACAUUACAACAUACUCAUAUCUAUGCAACAACAUUACAACAUACCCAUGCGUAUGCAACAACAUUACAACAUACUCAUAUCUAUGCAACAACAUUACAACAUACCCAUGCGUAUGCAACAACAUUACAACAUACUCAUAUCUAUGCAACAACAUUACAACAUACACAUGCGUAUGCAACAACAGUACAACAUACACAUACCUUUAAUUUUGUCAAACUCAUUGACAACAUCACCACUCAUUUACAUGUGCAAACAUCACAACACAAAAUAUCAUACAUAACACACACACACGCACGCUCACCCUCUCUCUCUCACACACACACACACAAACACACAAACAAACACACACAC